CCCGAGGCCCUGGCGCUGCAUGCCCUACUGGCGGGGCGGCCGCUGCUGGCAGGGAGGGCGCUGCGGGCGGCGGGAGGCGCCUCCGCUCUCGCCACUGCUGCACUGUUGUGCGCCCGGGCGGUGAGGGCGGCGGAAGCGGCGGGAGCAGCUGGGAAGGAGGCGCUACCGCUGGAGGGGGGCGAGCAGGAGCUGCAGGAGUUGGCGUCUCUGGGCCGCGCCUGCGCGACCGACGCCCUGUCAGCCCUGCUGCGGCAGCUGCGGUCAGCGGAGGCGGUUGUCACGGGUGCCGGCGAACCAGUUUCCGCCGCUGCCUUGUCCGUGGCAGAGGGGGCUCACGCGCGCAUCCAACAUGCCGCCGCUGCCUGGGGCGGUCCGGCGCUGGCUGGUGUACACUGCGCUGCUGGGCUGCUCGGAUACUGUCUGCGGGUGCUGCUGAGGGAGCCGGACUGGCGGCAGGGAGGGGGAGCGGCUGCAGCGGCGGCGGCGGCGGUGGUGCGCUCAGCAACGGCGGCGACGGGAGGCGACGGCUCCGGCAACGCUGCUACUUCGCUACCCUCCUCGCCGGCCGUUGCAGUUGCCGUGGGUGUCGGUGUUGCAGAGGGGCGGGUGGUGGCGGCGGCUGCGGCGGCUGGUGACAGAGCCACGGGGUGCAGCGGCGGCGGCAGCGGGGGUGCGGGUGAAGGCAGCGGCGACGUUAAUGAGGAUGACGUUGUCGAGGACGCUGAUGACGACGAUGAUGACAUGCUCGCGCUGAUGGCUGUUAACGCAGUCUAUCUAGGCCGCACUGGACGAGGCAGCGGCAGCAGGCGGAGGGUGUCGGUCGCGUCACGCCGACAGCCGUCGUCGGCAUCGACACAGCAAAUGAGUACCAAUGCAGCUGUUGGCAACGAUAACGGUAACUGUAACGGUAACGGUAACGGCCAAGUAGGACCGCGAGAUCGCGCGCUGCCGUUGGACGUUGCUACGCAACUCACGGCCAUCCCAACGCCAUCGCUCCCGGCGUCGUCGGAAGAGGGGACAUGUAAGCAGGACGCCGACUCACCGUCGACGGCCGCUGCGGCUCAUUCUGCUCCUGCUGCUGCUGCUGCUCCUGCUGCUGCUGGCGAUGCAGCCGCUGCACAAGAGGGGCAGCUGCUGCCAGGCGCCGUACAAGCCGCGCAGUCCUGCUGGGCAGCUGCGUGCGCCGCGUGCAAGGUACCUCCCGGCGCUGCAGCAGUGGCAGGUAGGGCACAGGAAGCGCUGCAGGCCGCUGUGGCUGCGGCUUCAGCAGGCGGUGGGCAUGCAUGCGGAGGCAGAGACGUAACACCGGAGGUACCCUGCAGCAGCAGCAGCGGCAGCAGGCGUGGUGGAGGGAGCCGUGCUGCGGGCUCAGAAGCGGCAUUAGUGGUCGGUGAGGCGGCCUGCGCUUUGGUUGAGGCGGUGUGCGGCUUGGCGGCGGCGGCGGCGGCUCGAGCAGCGGCAACAACAGGUGCCUGUUUCAUGCGCGGGGAUGAAGCCGCCGGCUACGCCGACGCGACACACACACCGACGCCGGCGCUGCCACCGCUGGGUGGCACGGACGGCUCCGAAGCAAGGCUGCAGC